AUGACCCAUGAUCCAGAUAGUGCUUCCUCCAUUAGCAAGGCUGUCAAUGUCAACAACCAUGUCGCGGGCACAAUCGCCUCGUCUUUGAUUGUGCCUUCAGAAGGCACACGCAAGAGACUAGCACACAAUCUGCAGGCAUCAAGCGGUGAUUAUUUUGGCGAUCUGGGAGCCAUGGACACUGCCCCUUUAGUAUAUCCGAAACUGGAGGAACUCGCCAGAGGCAAAAGAGCACGAAUGAAGGCCGUUGGUUCAUUUGUUAGUGAUUACAAGGAUCGCAGAGCGCAAGCGGAAUGGGCAAGCGAAAACUCGAUGUCUAUACUUGCGCAAGGUCCAAGGCCACAAUUUCGAUCACGGUUCUCCGACCCUAACCAUCCGGCAAGUAGUGGCGACAUCCUCGCACUCGUGACAGCCGGCAAGCUGAGCACCUCCAGCCUGAAAGAGAAAAUGUCGUCCAAUAGCAGUAUUGAUGUCAACCACGACAGCAACAGUCCUUCUCCUUCUAUGCCGCAAAGUGGAGGGGGGCACAGAGCUCCCCGUGACAACAGACGGGUUCCGUUAGUUUGCAACCACGAGAACAUCACCCCCUCUCCGUACGGAGGGUACAGCGAACCCCCAAAUUUUCCUCCCCCCCGCUAUACGAAUCAUCCAGAACAGUAUGCUGGAGCUUAUCAAUAUAAUCGGAACACGCAAGCUAAUCGAAAUAAAGAGCCCAGGGAUAGUGACGAUGAGGAACAAACCUAUGGGAAGAAAGAGAAACUGGGUGGCACCCGAGGAGUCCUCAGGAGCGUCCUCAAGAAAAACGUCCUUUAUAUGAUGAUUGUGAAUCUGCCGAGUGAGGCGGAGAUGAUGCAAGCUCAGAUCUCGUUGAAGGGGCAGCAGGGCAACUGGCGCAUGCAAUAA